UUCCUUAAAAGACAUGAUUGUUGCUCUUGCUUUUUGUUUUCUAAUGCCUAUCUCUGACAAUAUCACUCAUACCCAAAACCCAUGCUAUAAAAUAGUGCACAAACAUCCUCAAAGUUAAUUUAAUUUCCUAUACUUAUCUAUAUCUAACAUUAAUAUAUACGUACAUACUCUGCACUAAACCGAAGCAGAGUGAAUACUCACACACACAGAGAUGGGGAGAGAGUGGCAAAAAAUGCAAAACGGGUUAAACGAUGCGAUUUCAAAGAGCAAAGUUGGCAAGUUCUUCAAGUUGGAGAGCAGAAACACCUCCUUCGCUAGAGAGCUGCGCGCCGCUACCGCCACGUUCCUCACCAUGGCCUAUAUUAUCUUCGUCAACGCCACCAUCCUAACGGAUUCCGGCGGCACCUGCUCCGUUUCGGAUUGCACGGCCGCCGGAAACCAAACCGCCACCGCAGACUGCGUGUUGAAGCCGAAUGCAGGCUACGAUCAUUGCCUGUCUAAGCUAAAGAGUGAUCUCAUCGUUGGAACCGCCUUGUCAUCCAUGAUUGGAUCAUUAGCCAUGGGAUUGCUGGCUAACUUGCCUCUGGGCCUGGCCCCCGGCAUGGGGGCCAACGCCUACGUGGCCUACAACUUGGUGGGCUUCCACGGCUCUGGGCCCAUGUCGUACCAGACCGCCAUGGCCGUGGUGUUAGUGGAAGGCGCCGCAUUUCUCGCCAUCGCUGUCCUGGGCCUACGGGCCAAGCUGGCCCGCCUCAUUCCCACCUCCGUGCGCCUGGCUAGUGCCGCAGGGAUUGGGCUGUUCAUCGCGUUCGUGGGCUUGCAGGCCCACCAAGGCGUGGGCCUGGUGGGCCCCGACGCAUCGACUUUGGUGGCCCUUGCAGCUUGCAGGGACACCAGCCCAACAGGUGGUGGGUGCAAUGGGGGAGUGAUGCAGAGCCCAACAUUCUGGCUUGGGUUUGUGGGGUUUGUGAUAAUGUGUUAUGGGUUGAUGAAAGAUGUUAAAGGCAGCAUGAUAUAUGGCAUGCUUUUUGUGACAUUGAUUUCAUGGAUUAGGGGGACUCGUGUCACCAUUUUCCCACACACCCCACUUGGAAACUCAAGCUAUGAAUAUUUCAAGAAGGUGGUGGAUUUCCACAAGAUUGAGUCCACUUUUUGUGCCAUUAGCUUCAGCGGCUUUGGGAAAAGCCAAGUGUGGGUGGGCUUAGUGACAUUGUUGUAUGUGGAUGUGCUGGCCACUACAGGCACAUUGUACACAUUAGCUGAGGUGGGAGGGCUUGUGAAUGGGGAAGGGGGCUUUGAGGGGGAAUACAUGGCCUACAUGGUGGAUGCCGGGGCCACCGUUGUGGGGGCCGCUCUCGGAGUGUCUCCGAUCGCUGCUUAUGUGGAAUCAACGGCUGGGAUGAGGGAAGGGGGCAGGACUGGUCUGACGGCGGUGAUCAUCGGGGUCUACUUCGGGCUCUCUGUAUUCUUGACGCCGUUGAUAACGAGUGUGCCGCCGUGGGCGGUGGGGCCGUCUCUAGUGAUGGUUGGGGUGUUGAUGAUGAGAGUUGUGAAGGACAUUGAGUGGGAGAAUGUGAGGGAGGGAGUGCCGGCUUUUGUGACUAUGAUUCUAAUGCCUUUGACAUAUUCCAUUUCCAAUGGGAUUGUUGGAGGGAUUGGAAUGUACGUAGCACUUGGAUUGUAUGACUACGUUGUGGGGAGUGUCAAGUGGGUCAGCAAGAUGAGGAGAGCGGUGCUCAGGGAGGAGAAUCAGGUGUCCGCGGCUGCCCCACAUACCAAUAUUGAUAUCAUCUGAUCUCAUCAACUCUCUCUUGUUUUCAGAAGUGCACAAGUCACCAUGAGAGAGAGGCAACAUAUUCCACCUUUCAAGGGAACUUGUGCAUUUCUUUUGUUGUUUUGUUUAGAAUUUUCAUCAUUAGAUUGGAGCAAGUAGUCAAUGUAAUUUUCAUCUUUUUCGUUAUCUAAGUCAGUACCUCUCAUCAGUCUAA